AUGGGAAUCGUGCUGACGGGCACUCCAGGAGACCGGUUCGAGUCGCACGCCACGGCAGUGAAUUCGUACAAACAGGUCAAAGAGUCGCUGAUCGAAAUACUCAGGCUGCCAACAAUAUCCAGCGCAAGUCACAAUGUGUACGCCUACCGGUUCGCAGGCAGUGAUGGUAUGGUACAUGAGGGUUCUGAAGAUGACGGCGAGCAUGGGGCGGGGAGAACUCUGCUUAGCGCCAUGAACGACAACGGAAUCCAGAACGCGCUGAUUGUGGUCUCCAGAUGGUUCGGAAACAAAAUCGGUAUGCGUCGCUUCACCCAUAUCGUUGAUGCGGGUUUGAGCGCCGGGAAAAACAUAAAUCCGUCCUAG